GGAAGUGAGGGUCGCAGUCGCCGGGUGCUUUGUGGCGCCGCUGCUCCGCCUCGCUCGCCAUGGGGAAGACGGACUUCCUGAGCCCCAAGGCCAUCGCCAACCGCAUCAAGUCGAAGGGGCUGCAGAAGCUGCGCUGGUAUUGCCAGAUGUGCCAGAAGCAGUGCCGGGACGAGAAUGGCUUUAAAUGUCACUGCAUGUCCGAAUCUCACCAGCGACAACUGCUGCUUGCAUCCGAAAAUCCUCAGCAAUUCAUGGAUUAUUUUUCAGAGGAAUUCCGGAAUGAUUUCCUAGAACUUCUCCGGAGAAGAUUUGGAACAAAGAGAGUCCACAACAAUAUAGUAUAUAAUGAAUAUAUUAGUCAUCGGGAACACAUCCAUAUGAACGCGACCCAGUGGGAAACUCUGACGGAUUUUACAAAGUGGCUUGGAAGGGAAGGUAAGGCCCUUCUUGUAUGGAUCCUCUCCUGGGAGAUGCUGGGAUGCUUGAGGCAGUUGUGCCAGUUGUUGCUAAACAUUGAAGAGCCGAUCUUCACAGAACUGAACAGAGAAAAUGAGGAGGAGAAAGUGACCUUUAACCUGGGCAAAGGGGCCAGCACUUCAGCUGCUGCAGCACCACCCAAAGGGAGCUUGCUUGGCCCCAGUGUGCUGAAGCCCUCGGGAACGCUGCUCCCCGUGAAGCGGAAAGAAACCCCUCCAAUUUCAAAGCAGACUAAGGAGAAAAAGAAGAAAAAAACCGCUCUCGACGAGAUCAUGCAGUUUGAAGAAGAGAAGAAAAAGUCUGCCCGACUAGACUACUGGUUGCAACCUGAAAUCGUGGUCAAAAUCAUAACCAAGAAACUCGGCGAGAAAUACUACAAAAAAAAAGCCAUUGUUAAGGAGGUAAUUGACAAAUACACAGCAGUUGUAAAGUUGACCCAUUCCGGAGAUAAACUCAAACUUGACCAGACACAUCUGGAGACGGUGAUCCCAGCCCCGGGUAAAAAGGUGCUGAUUUUAAAUGGAGGCUACAGAGGGAACGAAGCCAUGUUACAGAGUAUCAGCGAGAAGGCAUUUUCAGCCACAGUCCUCAUUGAAUCGGGACCUCUGAAAGGACGUCAGGUGGAGGGUGUUCCAUACGAAGACAUUUCCAAGUUGGCCUCCGUUGACCAAAGGAGCUGAUGGAACCAGCCAGGUACAUCUCUUGAGAUGGCUGCAGGUGAACAAGUCCAGCACGCUAAACUCACGAGUUGAACCGUCAACUUCAAGGAGCAGACAAGAUUUCUGACAGAUGCCCUAUAAAUACAGUACAUUGGAUCCUCUAUUUAAGCCCUUUGUAUCUCAACCACGGGCGACUUCAUAAUUUUGAUUCGAUUGGUUCAUCUGCAGAACAGUAUCGGCCACCUGUAGUCCUGUCAGAGACUUUUCUGUAAUUUAUGUCUCCUGCAGAAAUGGAAAGCCCCCAUGGUUGGAAUCCUCAUGGUGUUAAAACUUCAGGGGUGCCAGCAACGAGUUUAGCUUCCUCACACACAACCUGAUACAAAAAUAGUCCUCCAUUCCUUCGGGAUGGGAAAGACCACCAAUAGGAUGUCGACCACCCCGUAAAAAGCAUAACCUGCCAACUUUUUAAAUGGCCGAUCUAAGUCAUGGAUUCUGACGGAAUCAGAGGAUCGUCAAAGAGCCUCUGGUUUUUCAAAUAUAUUUUUUCAGUCCCUCCUUGUAGCAGAAUCUGCCCUUUGCUUCUUGUGGGACGUUUUAUCGGAUCUGAGGAAAAGAUCUUCUGAAUGGCCCAAAGAUCUGAUCUUACAGUGAGGAAAAGAUCUUCUGAAUGGCCCAAAGAUCUGAUCUUACAGUUAGGUGGAUCUUCUGAAUUCAGCUACAACCUGGGACCUAUUUUUGCAUUGCACUGUUUAGCCACGUGGAAAUAUUUGGAGGAUUGGCAGCAAUCGCUCUACGCUUGGAAAUCCAGAUUUCUUGAUCUGGGCCUUCGCUGUACCAUAACUGGUUCUUUGGACCCCAGCAGGAGCGUCCGUCAGUGGUUUUUUAAAAAUUGUAUAAUGAUUUUGUACAGAAGAGAGAAGAUGGAAGUUAUUUUAUUGGUGCAAGUGUUUCUUUUUAACCGUUGUGCGUUACCCAAAGUAAAUGGACUUGGAGGCCCUUCAGUUGGCUCAUAGCUUUA